CAUAUAUGAAAUUUUUCCGGAAGGGUCCACCUCCCAGUCCACGCACGUCCCAGACGACGAGCUUCACGACGUCGUUCCUCUUAUCUACUUCGUUAGGCGUGCAACCAUGAACUAUCUCUUUCUUCCCCUGUAACUUAAAGACAAUCUUAUUUCAAUCCAAAAUACUUACUCCCAAGACUUCACUGCAACAUACAACCUCCAAAUCUCCGCUAAAUCCGCAUGGGUUUUUCAGAAACGGCCGGCUUUUCGCGGAACUUCGGUGUCUUAGUCAGAGUUCAAGGCCCUGACCCCAAAGGUCUAAAGAUGCGAAGACACGCUUUCCAUCAAUACAAUUCCGGCAAAACGACACUUUCAGCUUCUGGGAUGUUACUGCCCAAUAACAUCUACGAUGCUGACGUGCGUGAACGAAAUUGGGGAGUCAAUGGAUUGGUUGUGACUGUUGCUUCUGUUGUUGAGCCGUUUUUGUCUAUGCAACACAGGGAGAAGAAUGUUUUUGAGGGCCGUCCAGAGUUGAUUUCGGGUGCUCAGGUUGAUGUUAUGGUGGAGGGCACAUUGAGGUCGGAGACAGGACACGAGUGUCUGGAUAAAGGAGUCCCUGGAUGGGUUAGUGCGCAAGUUAUAAAGUUGGUUCACAUCCCUGUAUCUGCCCUUGCUCUUCAAUCACUUAUUGAAGCUUCUUCAGGCUCACCAGAGCAUGGAUGGGAGAUUGGUUGGUCCCUGGCCUCAUAUGAUAAUGGUUCUCAGCCCUUGAUGGAUGUUAUUCGGACUCAGGUUGAGCAUGACAGCAAACCAUUAGACGAGAGUCGUAGGCAUCUGCCACUUGAGGAAUCAAAUAAUCGAAGUCUUUUGGACAAGUCAACUACAAGAAUUGCUAUCCUUGGAGUUUCCUCAUAUUUGAAGGAUCUACCAAACUUAGCCUUAUUGCCCUCAAGUAAAAGGGGGGAUUCUCUUCUAGCAGUGGGCUCUCCUUUUGGUGUCCUCUCACCUAUGCAUUUCUUUAAUAGCAUAUCUAUGGGAUCUGUUGCCAACUGCUAUCCUCCUGGAUCAUCCACGCAAUCAUUGCUGAUGGCAGACAUUCGGUGUCUUCCUGGAAUGGAAGGUGGUCCAAUAUUUGGUGAACAUGCACAGUUGGUUGGUAUCUUGAUCAGACCAUUGAGGCAAAAGAACAGCGGUGCUGAAAUUCAGCUGGUGAUUCCGUGGGAAGCCAUUGCAACUGCUUGCAGUGACUUGCUGCUGAAGGAGCCCCAAAAUGCAGAAAAAGAGUUCCAUAUUAACAAGGGAAACUUAAAUGCUGUAGGGAACUCGUUAUUAUAUAGCAGCCAUGACUCCAAUGGGUCAUACUCUUUUAAGUAUGAACAUCGUGAUUCUUGUUGCCUAUCUCCACUACCAAUUCAGAAGGCAUUGGUGUCUGUUUGUCUUAUUACAACUGAUGAUGGUGUUUGGGCAUCUGGUGUUCUGCUUAAUGAUCAAGGCCUGAUACUCACAAAUGCUCACUUGUUAGAACCAUGGAGGUUUGGGAAAACAACUGUAAGUGGUGGUAAAAAUGGAAAUCAAUCGAGGGCAUUUCUCUUUGCAUCUGAAGAGCCUGCAGCAAGGGCACCAAAGUUUGUGGAUUCUUCUGUUGAUGGAAGUAGACCAUAUAAGUUGAGUUCGUUUUACAAAGGCCAUAGAAACAUACGUGUCCGUCUGAACCAUAUGGAGCCUUGGAUUUGGUGUGAUGCUACAGUAGUAUAUGUUUGCAAGGGACCCUUGGAUGUUGCCCUAUUGCAGCUUAAAUAUGUUACACAUCAGCUUUGCCCUAUAGUUACAGAUUUUGCACACCCAUCUGUAGGAUCAACUGCAUAUGUCAUUGGACAUGGACUAUUUGGACCCAGAUGUGGCCUUUCCGCUUCUGUUUGUUGUGGGGUGGUAGCAAAAGUUGUCAAAGUUAAGUCAUCCCCUUAUUGUCAAUCUAUUCUUCAAGGGGAUUCAGGGUGUCCAGUAAUGCUUGAAACGACUGCUGCUGUUCAUCCAGGUGGUAGUGGUGGUGCAGUUGUCAAUUUGGAUGGUCAUAUGAUCGGACUUGUUACAAGUAAUGCAAGGCAUAGUGGAGGGACAGUUAUACCACAUCUGAACUUCAGCAUUCCAUGUGCAGUUUUGGCUCCUAUCUUUGAGUUUUCAAGAGAUAUGCAGGAUCUUUCACUUCUAAAAAAACUUGACCAACCAAAUGAACACCUUGCUUCAGUGUGGGCACUGAUGCCACCAUUAUCUCCAAAGCCAGGUCCUACGUUACCUCAUCUGCCGCAGUCACUAUUGGAAGCAAACAAAGACGGGAAAGGUUCCCGUUUUGCUAAAUUCAUUGCUGAAAGUCAAGAGGUUCUAAAAGGGUCGUCUCAAAUCAGCAAGCCAGAAAAAAAUUCCGGUGAGAUUUUUCGUAGUAAGUUAUGACAACCUGGCAUCACUCUUGUACCCAAUAAGAAGGAAUAUGAUCAGUAUGAUCAGAAUCUGAUAUCAUAGUCCAAUGUAAUGGUGAGUUUCACUCUGCCUGAUCUCAGCGCAUGGACUGAUAGAAGAAUUAAAAGGAAUGGUUGGAAUUUCAAUUUCUUUCGGGCAAUGGAAAUUUGUGGCUUUAUCAUGGUUGAGAUAAAUGUAACAGGGAGGUUGUGUACUGAACAAUAGUGUAUUGUUGUGCACUUGUACUUAUGUACCACUGUGAGCGAUAUAUGUAUAAUAGGGCAUUAGAUGGGUACGAAAUUCUUUCAUUCUUGUUCCAUAAAUGUUUCCAGUUACAAUAAAUUGUAUAGUUAAGAA